AUGAGUCGGGCCAUCUCUAGAACCCAGCUCCAAUCGAUCAUAAGAUCCAUAACGAAACACUAUCCGGCAAGCUAUGCAGACAGUACGUGGGAUAACACUGGGCUAUUAAUCGACUGUUCAGAAGAGGACAAUGGAUCAUCUUCCGCUAAGGUAACAUACCCAUUGGUGCUAUUGACAGUCGAUCUGACGGCUUCCGUGGCUCAAGAAGCAAUCGACAACGGCUGCAGCGCAAUCGUGGCAUAUCAUCCUUUCAUCUUUCCCAGCUGGAAGAGAUUGAACCCAGCACAAAACCCACAGCAUAAGAGCGCCAUCCGACUAAUUCAGGAGGGAAUAUCAGUCUACUGCCCUCACACGGCUGUUGAUGCGGCCAAAGGUGGCGUGAAUGACUGGCUGGCCAAUGGUUUGGUCGGCGGGAACAGCGCUCUGAUACAGUCAAAUGACACGAUCGAACAGCUCAGCAGCGACUUAGUCCGCGGUGAAGCCGACAACGAAGUCGGCUAUGGCCGUCUGGUGAAGCUCACAAGAAGCCUGGACCUAGCAUCAAUCAUCGAGAACGUCAAGAGAAGCCUAGGAAUUGAACAUUUGCAAGUCGCCUCAAAGUUCGGAGACCUUUCCAAGCAUCCUAUCAGGACAGUAGCGCUAUGUGCGGGCAGCGGCUCUGGCGUUUUCAAGUCCUUACGAGAAGACGUGGAUCUCUACUACACUGGUGAACUAUCUCACCACGAAAUACUGCGCUACAAGGAAAUGGGCAAUGCUGUGAUCGUCUGCAACCACUCUAAUACUGAACGUGGCUAUUUGAAGCAAGAGAUGAGCAAACUGCUAGCGAUUGAAGGCAUCAAUUGCAUGGUCAGCAAGGCAGAUGUCGACCCGCUGAGGGUCGUUUAG